UGUAUUCACAUUACGGUCUGCCGUUCAGUCGAGACCUGUCUGUGAGUACGAAUGCAUGCUUAUUAAUAUUGUUGAAACUGCGUCGUGGGAUACAGUAGAAAGUUGUUACCAACCAAAUUCGGAUAUGGUGAUGUUAACGCUACUUCUUGUGUUGCUACCGUUUUUCGCGGUGAUUUAUCUGCUGUAUCGCUGGUCUAUACCAAAUUACGAAUACUUCGAACAGCGAAAGGUACCUUUCAUUAAGCCCACCAUCGGUUCAGCGUGGUCUUUUUUCUCCGGGAAGCAACAUUUCCUCGAUGCGGCCUCGGAGGGCUACUGGCGAUUCCCGGAGAGUAAAUUCUCGGGAUAUUUUACCUUCCACAAGCCUGGCUACCUGAUACACGAUCCAGAAUUGCUGAAACGAAUUCUUAUCAAGGAUUUUGAUCAUUUCACGGAUCACGAGAAUAUCAUCACUCCGGAGAUAGAUCCGUUCUUUGGUCGGUCAUUGUUUUUCACGGAAGGGCUCCGUUGGCGUCAUGGCAGAACGGCGUUGAGUCCGGCCUUCACCGGCAGCAAAAUGAGAAACAUGUUCGACUUGUUUACGAUCUACACCGCAGGUGCAAUGAAGAGGCUAGUCGAAGAUGCGAAGGGAGAUAAACUGGAGAAGGAAAUGAAGGAUCUUUUUCAGAGACUUGGAAACGACGUGAUGACUUCAAUCUCAUUUGGAGUGGAAAUCGAUUCCGUACGCGAUCCCGAGAACAUAUUUUUCCUCAACGGGAAGCGUUUAACUACAUUCUCACGGUUUGCCUGGUUGAAGUUUAUACUCUUGGCUGCGUUACCACCGAAAGCUAGCAGUAUAUUGGGCCUUCGCAUAACCCCCCGUGACGUGGCCGAAUUCUAUGAAAAGCUUGUAUCCCAAACCAUUCAAGAGCGAGAAAAGAAGAAAAUCGUUCGACCGGAUUUUAUUAACAUCUUGCUCCAAGCCCGGAAAAAUGAGCUGAAGGACGAUCAACCGGAUGAUCGAUUCGAUAGUGCAGGAUUUUCGACGGUGAAAGAACACUUAACGGAAACAGAGGGAAAUUUCAUACAGUGGACAGAUCUGGAUAUCACUGCAACUGCCGCAUCGUUCUUUUUCGGUGGCAUUGAAACGACAACUGUCGUGCUCUGUUUUGCGGUUUACGAAUUGUCGCUCAAUCCGGAAAUCCAGGAUAGGCUGCGGGCGGAAAUCGAUGAUAUUGAGGAGAGCUUAGCCGACGGUAAGCUUACCUAUGAAGCGAUGCAGCGCAUGAAAUACCUAGACAUGGUUGUCAGUGAGGCGCUACGCCGGUGGCCACCACUGGGUCUGACGAACCGCAAGUGCACUAAAGAUUACGUCAUGGAGAAUACCGACGGGUCGAAGGUAACUGUCGAAAAGGGACAAGUGAUACAGUUUUCAAUUUGGGCUAUUCAUCGAGAUGGGAAAUUCUAUCCGGAUCCGUUGCGAUUCGACCCGGAGCGAUUUUCGGAAGAAAAUAGAAACAACAUUAACCAGGAUGCUUAUCUGCCCUUCGGAGGUGGACCGAGGAAUUGCGUUGGGUCGAGGUUGGCCCUCAUGCAGGCUAAAUGCUUUCUGUAUUAUCUUUUGGCUAAUUUUGUUGUGGAGAUAUCCAAACGCACCGAUGUCCCGAUACAGAUUGAUACUAGAUCGAUUGGAAUAGACGCAACGAAUGGAUUUUGGUUCAAUUUGAUACCGAGAGAGAAAUAGUAAUGAUAAAACGACGUUUGCAAUUAUUCUCUUCAUAAAUAAUAUCUACUA